CUUCCUGUUACCAGUGUAAACAAACACAAAAGAAUGCUUUCUUUAAUUAACACAUUUCGGUCUGUUAUACGCUAUAUGCUUUAAAGAAAAUGGGAGCAGCUUCAAGCAAUAACAUCAAAAGUAUCAAGCUUGAUCAAAAGAACAGUUUCGAUAAAAACACUUUGGCCUCAAACAAAGCCAAUCAGGGAAUUCUAGCUGACAAGGAGCUGAAAGGUGGACUGUCAACCCACAGUGAUGUUAAAACUGGACAAAAUGAUGAAAUCACAAAAGAUAUUCUGAGUGCUAGAUCUGUAGAAAAGACAGACAUUGAAACAUUGACACAGCAGCUUUGCGAAAGUGAGAGUCAACGCUUGGACUUGGAGGACAGAGUUCAGGCACUGGAAGAGCAGCUAGAGAAACAGCAGGCACAAGACAUUGAGCACCAGGAAAGGCCCUGUGAUGAAACCCUUCAUGCCAAGGACCAGUACAUCGUCAAACUGGAGCAGGAAAACAAGGAGUUGAAGGCAGAGGCUCAAAAAAUGCGAGGUAGACAUCGGAGGAAGGUGAAACAGAUGUCGUCACAGAUGGCAGAGUACAAACAGGAGGCCAACUUCCAGAUGAUGGAGCUACAGGAGGAGAUCGAACAACUCAAGAAGGAUAACAAACAAAAACUACCUCAAUUAAAAGACAGUCAGUCAGGAAAUGUGAACACGACCAAGGUUGAUGAAGGGGUGUCACUUCCAGGGGGAGAGAAGAUGGCUCUCAUCCUGGAACUAUCCCAGCAGGUGGCUGAGCAGCAGGACAGGAUUGCCUCCCUUGAGGGCAAGCUAGAAGACAGGGACAGGGUCGUGGAAGAACUCCGGACCAAGAUGAAGAACAACUCCCAGUACCUGAAGGCUGUCAACAGUGCUAGAGAUGGGGCCACUGAAAGUGCUAUUGGAGAUUUGCGGAAAACCACCAGUUUAAAAUAUAAGGUGAAGCCUGCAGGAAAGGGACAGAGCAGCACCAAUACUAACAAGAGGUUCUCUGAUGCAGACAGGAUUGAUGCUCUGUUUUCCCACGGGGAGGAUGAUGACAGUGACACAGGCAGCAUGGCAAAACUGUCUUCUCUUCUCAGGGGAGUGAAAGCUCCAGCAAAUAAGACAAAAGUAAAUCAAGAAUCUGACGAUGAUGAAAUAGGAAAUCGUCAAAAUCAGAUUCAAGAGAGUGACCCUAAUAAUGGAGGGAGAGACUCUGGGCUGGGCUCAGCUGGGAAGAGAGACGAGGCAACAAACAAUGUGUCAAGGCCUUCUUUGGCAGACUGGAAAGACCAUGUGCAUUCCUUUGAAUCUGGAUCUGGGCUCUCAGACUCAGACUUUGAUAACCACCCUCACAUAGGCAGCAAAGUGUCUAGUGCUCCACCAAAACUCCAGAAUAGGGACAAUAAAAAGUUAAAGAAGAAAUCUAACAGUUUAAAGAAGCACGUGUCAGGUUAUGGGGAGGUUAUAGACAAACCUCCAAGACCGAGUCUGGCUUUCAUGAGCUCCUUGCACGAGGAGGACUCUGAAUCACUGCUGCACGGCAUUAAACCUCUCUCCCACAUCAGCCCCGUCCAGGUCUCGUGACCAUACCUAUACACUUGUAAAACAUUCCUCAACUGUCUUUUCCUUUACAUAUUUUGGCAGUAACCUUCUUCUAGAAAGUUACAUAUCUUUCUCAAGAGUUUAUUGUUUUCAGUAUAAAAGAGAAAUAAUUUUUAAUAAUAAAGAUGUUUUAUAAUAUUCAUCAUUUUUUUCAUAAUAAAAAAAAAUAACUGUCAGACUGUGUGAUUCAACUUUAUUAAGACUGUGUGAUUCAACUUUUUAAUUUAGCUAAUGAUAAAUAAAAUAGUAUUUCAUUGAUCAGUAUUAAGCUGUUAUGUUUAAUCCGUGUAGUGAUGUAGAGAGUUUGAUAUGUGUUUAUCUUGUCGUUGUGUUAUGUUUGCUAUUACUUUAUACAUUUUAUAAAGAAUUUAGUUUAGGAGACUUUCUAAUCUAUUUCCAUCAUUUUAUGAUUGUCUUAAUUUGUUUGUACUGUGUAAACCUGUUGAUUUUAAGGCAGUAAGAUGGUAUUUAUGUAUAUAUUAUAAUAUAAUACAUUGUAAUAUAUAGAGAACAUAUCUUUGUGCUGUAUGGUAAUCUUUAUCAUUGCUGAAUACAUUGAAAUCAUUUUAUAACUGCUCUGAAUCUUCAACGGGUUCCUUGGUUUACUUGAAGAGUACCAAAACGUCAUUAUGUCAUAUUUUUUAUCUAGCUGUCAGAUUUAAAAACCAGAACUUCAAUGUUUGAUUACAUUCAUUGAUUUUGCUUUGUUUUUGUUUAUUGUUGUUUUUUUCUGCUGAGCUCAUUGCUUUGGUUGUGCAAUUUUGUAUCUAUUGUUGUUGUUUCUUGCUAUUCUUCAACAAGAAAUAAAUCUGCUAUAUA